UGUGGGGGCGGUGGGGAGGGAGGAGAAGAGCAGAGAAGAGCGAAGGAUUAAGAAAAGAAGAGGGUAAUAAUUGAAUUUGAUGAUGGUUUGUUUGAGUUCAUACUGCCGUUAGGUUUAGACUCCGUCAGUUUGAUAUGCAGGAGGAAGAUAAAAGAAACUGAUAGAUGGUGGAUAUUUUCUUUCACUCUCUUGAUGCCGCGCGCAACAUGAAGUCAUGAACCGUGCCUAGCUCACGAAAAAAAAGCAACAUACACCCAAUAUAUAACUAAUUGGGCACCAUCUUUCUGCCUACCUUCUCAUCAGCUCCCAAGCUUCAAAAUUCCAUGCUUGUUGCCCAUAUUUAUCUUCCUGCCAAUUGAGCUUCUUCUGCAGAUUGUGUCGUCCCAACUCAAGAAGAAUCAAGAUGGGGGACGAUAGCAUUGGGGGCCGCUUAUCUGAGUUCAUUGGAAAUUUGGGUGGUUUCCUACGAAAGUUUAUCUUUUCUGUGCUAUCUGUAGGUCCCAUCCCCAACCACAUUGCUUUCAUCUUGGAUGGAAACCGAAGGUAUGCGAAGAAGCAUAAUCUGAAAGAAGGGGAUGGACAUAGGGCUGGGUUCGUGGCCCUCUUGUCCAUGCUCAAGUACUGCUACGAGCUGGGCGUGAAGUACGUAACAAUCUACGCCUUCAGCAUCGACAAUUUCAAUAGACGGCCCGAUGAAGUUCAGUAUAUUAUGGGUCUGAUGCACGAGAAGAUUGAAGGGAUGCUCAAGGAAGAGAGUUUUGUGAGAAGUUAUGGUGUGAGGGUUCAUUUUCUGGGGGAUUUGAAGCUCUUGCACCAAUCAGUCAGGAUAGCAGCGGAGAAGGCAAUGAGAGUCACUGCCAAUAACACCAAGUUCGUGCUCUUAAUCUGUGUGGCCUAUACAUCGACGAACGAGACCGUCCAUUCUGUCCACCAGUGCUUUAAGGAGAAGCGCAGACCGAUGGAUAAGUUUCAGGAGGAGGAGCAGCAGCAGCAGCAGCAAGGCUUAAUCAAGUUGGUUGAUCUGGAGAGGAACAUGUAUAUGGCCCUGGCCCCUGAUCCUGACAUCUUAGUCCGAACCUCUGGGGAGACUCGCCUGAGUAAUUUCCUUCUCUGGCAGACUGCUUUCUGCUAUUUAUAUUCUCCGGCCAAGCUCUGGCCGGAGAUAUCGUUGUGGAACCUGGUGUGGAGUGUCCUCAACUUCCAGCGAGCCUAUCCUUAUCUGCUGAAGACAAAGAUGAAACGCUACUAG